AUGAAAUACUCAUGAAAUGUGGCGUGCGAAUCUUUAAGGCUGGCACCGCCUGGCCAAGGUGCCUUCAGAGAGGCUGUCACUGAUUUUACGUUUGCUGGUUUUACCAUUCCCAAAGGAUGGAAGACAUUUUGGAUGGUGCAUACAACACACAAGAAUCCAAAGUACUUUGCGGAUCCAGAAACAUUUGACCCUUCAAGAUUUCAAGGGAGCGGACCUGCUCCAUACACUUUUGUACCUUUCGGGGGAGGACCUAGAAUGUGUCCUGGCAAAGAGUAUGCUCGACUUGAAAUACUAGUGUUUAUGUACAACGUUGUAACCAGAUUCAAAUUGGAGAAACUGAAUCCCCAAGAAAAGAUAGUCUUCCAUGCCUCCACUGUCCCGAUGGAAGGUCUGCCAAUUCGCCUCAUUCCUCACCAAACAUAACUAGCCCUAUACUUGGACAAACUUAUUAUGUAGUGGUUCCCUGUAAUUUGAUAUUUGUAUUUAUUUUACGACUCAGGUUCUCAUGCAGAUUGAGUUCUGAUCUCUG